AUGGACGUCGUCGACACAGCAGCCGCCGCAAAAGCGGCCAAAAAGGCCGAAAAGAAACUCAAGAAGGAGAAAAAGGCCGCCGCUGCCGCGAAGGAAGAGACCCCGGUCUCUGUCGGUGAGGACGCUGUCGUUGCUGAGAAGAAAGACAAGAAGAGCAAGAAGAGGUCGAGGGAGGAGACUGUCGCUGCGGAGGAGGUCAAGACGACUGUGACUGUGAAUGAGGAGGAGGCGGACGGGAGGGAGAAGAAGAAGAAAAAGAAGGAAAAGAAGGAUAAGAAGGAAAAGGCCGCCGACGACACCGAGUCCGCACCAGCAAAGGCGAAAAGCUUCGCAAAAUCCGCCAGCCAAUCCUGGGUCUACAAACAAAGCCCCGCCCUCAGCGCCGUCCCCCAAGCGACCAUCGACGCCUUUUACAAAGACAACGCCGUCGAAGUCACCGGCGACUGGGACACGGCCUCCCACCGGCCCAUCCUCGAAUUCGCCCAGGCCGGCCUACCCGCGCAGGUCGAGCAGCACCUCUCCGCCUUCCCCAAACCCACCUUCAUCCAGUCCGCCUGCUGGCCCGCGCUGCUCAGCGGCCGCGACAUGAUCGGGAUCGCGUCGACGGGGAGCGGGAAGACGUUGGCGUUUGGUGUACCCGCUUUGAUUCAUGUGCAGAACCGCGCCGCGUUGGAGGGGACUGGGAAGAAGGGUGGGAAACGCCUCCCGCAGGUGCUUAUCCUCUCCCCAACCCGCGAGCUCGCCAUGCAGAUCCAGGAGCAGAUGGAAAAAUUCGGGGCGGCAGGCGGGCUCAAAAGCAUCGUUCUGUACGGCGGUGUGCCCAAAUGGGAGCAGAAGAAACUCCUUCAAAAGGGUGACGUGAACAUCAUCGUCGCGACCCCGGGCCGUCUCAUCGACCUGAUUGAAGAGGACGACGCAACCUGCAACAUCUCCGACGUGUCCUACUUUGUCCUCGACGAAGCCGACCGCAUGCUCGACCUCGGGUUCGAGGAAGCGAUCAAGAAGAUCAUCUCACACCUCGCCAAAAAGAACCGCCAGACCGUCAUGUUCUCCGCCACCUGGCCGCCCGCAAUCCAGAAGAUCGCCGAGCAGUACCUCACGACCGCGGUCAAGAUCACCGUCGGGUCCACCGACCUCUCCGCCAACAACCGCAUCGAGCAGCGGGUGGAAGUCAUUGACAACUUCAAAAAGGAGCAACGGCUCAUCGAGCUGCUCAAACUCUACCACAACAAGCAACGCACGAACCGGAUCCUGAUCUUUGCACUCUACAAGAAGGAAGCGGCGAGGUUGGAACAGAUGCUCCGCCGCAACGGGUACAACAUCGUGGGAAUCCACGGCGACCUCUCCCAAGCCCAACGCACAGCCGCCAUCGACGCCUUCCGCUCCGGAACAACCCCCCUCCUCAUCGCCACCGACGUCGCGGCGAGAGGUCUGGAUAUCCCGAACGUGGAGUACGUGAUCAACGUGACCUUUCCGCUGACCGUAGAGGAUUACUGUCACCGGAUUGGACGGACCGGGCGGGCCGGCGCGACGGGGAUCAGUCAUACGCUGUUUACGGUGAAUGACAAGGGGCAUAGUGGGGGGUUGAUCAAUGUGUUGAAGCAGGCGGGGCAGAAGGUGCCGGCGGAGCUUAUGAAGUUUGGGACUACGGUCAAGAAGAAGGUAGACCCCAACUACGGCGCAUUUGCAAAAGACAUCGACAUGUCCGUCAAGGGCAAGAAGAUCACCUUCACGGCCGAUUCCGAUUCCGAGUAA